GCGAAGGUUCUAGUAGCUUCUGCUGUAUUCUAGAAAGAAUUUCUAUAGGUGUCGGAUAUCGUGGGUUGGAAAAGUGAUUAUGUCCUCUUAUUCGUUUCGGGAUCGACCGAGGUUGAGUGAUCGUAUACGUGGGAAGUCGGGUGAUGAAUUAUUCAAAGAACUGAGAAAAGAAUUGGAUCAAGAUAGGACAUCGUUUUUUGACAUCCCAUCUUCAAAUUGGGGAUCUUCUACCGGCUCAUCUUUUCCAAGAGCUGGCCACUUGUUUGAGGAGCCGUUGAUGCGUGGACACACAGACAUCAGGUCUCAUCUAGAGGACUUGGCUCAGCGACAUCCAGAGUUUGCUGAUCAACUGAGAUACCCGGCCUGGAGCAACAGUCCUGAGAACAACACAGGUACCUGGGGUCGUAAACGGAGAGGUUCAGGGCCUCACGAGCCAGGAGAAGGGAGUAAACAACAGCCACAAGAGACUACACAGUCUGAGGCAGCUGAGGAGCCUGGUCCACUGAGAGGUCGGACAAAAGAAAAUCUCCGGAAUACUGUUCCGGAUAUGGGACAGAAGCAACAACAAGACUCUGAAGAAAAAGAAACUCGAGGACAACGAUCGUGGUCUGCACCACCAGAUAAUAGAACACAACCAGAGAAACCGAGGUUUGUGUCAAAGAUAGAGAUACAUCCAGUCAACCCAGACGCCCCACCUCAGUCGCAGGCAGGUGAUGCCACAAAGCCUCCGAUGGCUCCACCAAAACCUCAGCCACAGCCUCAGCCCCAGUCGCAGCCACAGCCUAAAUCUAAUGUGAGACAUAUUCCCAUAUUUGUGGAGGGAAGAGACGAACCUGUGCUACCAAAGAAUGUUGAGCCGGAGUUUACACAGAGUCAAGCACCACCACAGAGUUUUCACACAAGACAACCACCGCAGCAAUCACAAUUUACACAACAUUUUCAGGCACAACCCCCACCGAAUAUCCCACCUCAUUACGAUCCGCUACGACAACCGAGAUAUGAGCAACCACCCCAGCCAAGAUUUGAACCUCCUCCACAACCACGAUACGAGCAACCACAACCCAAACCAGAACCGCCACCACCUCAAAACCAACCACAGCAGGAACCACAACCCGAGGUCAACCCAAGAGAUCCUUUGUAUAGAGUAGGCUGUGUGCAGAAAGAAGUGGACGAAUUAAAAGCCAAAGUGGAAAGCUUCAAUGGAAACUCAAGAUCAGAUAAGGAGUAUAUUCUACUAGAUGAGCUGUUGACAAGAAAUCUGAUAAAAUUGGAUGACAUUGAGACUGAAGGGAAAGAGGAGGUUAGAGCUGCCAGGAAAAACACUAUUAAGAGUAUACAAAGGUGCAUUAGUGUCCUUGAGAAUAAAGUUCCACUUACGCGCAGCGAGAAGAAGGAAGAGGAAUCAAUGGAAGUGGAACAGCUUCCCCUGGAAGGUAGUGGUAACACCGUCAAUGAAAAUAAACCAGAGGAAAUCCCUAUAGGUCCUCAAGGAGAUGUUUCUGUAGAGCAAUCUUCCGGUGAAAAAUUAACUGAGGAACUGAGCCAAACAAAUGCCCCCAAUGCAAGUGAAGUUCCUUCGGGGGAAAAGAGGAACAGUGAACCUUGUGAAGGGAAGAAACAGGAAUCGUCAAAUGAAGUCUCAGAGAGUAAGGAAGCGUAACCUUCUUCCAUUCAAGUGAUGUAAUUUAUUUUUAUUUUUAAAACAGUAUUCCUAAGAAGUUUUUUUAAACGAAAAGUGUGUUUGAUGAGAAAGUGUUUGUUUUAUAUUCAAUGAAGAAAAAUACCCUGGGUUUGUACGAAUUAAUUUAAAGAGAUCGUUUGUUACAAGUGUAGAACAUUGUUAUCUGUACAUUUUUGUUUAUAAACAAGUUUUAGUUUUUGUACAGUCGCCCCCGAGUAUCACUAGACUGAUUUAAGUUCUGUACUUUUCUAAGACUGAUGUCAUAGUUUUGUUUAAAAUGUAUUUAAGUGAAUUCGUUUAUUUAUUACAUUGUGCUGGAGGUUUCUGUUCCUUGAGCGAUUGGAUCCCUUGAGCUAGGUCCUUCUUGAACUUAGAAAGGCGCUUCUACAGCUUUUUUAGUCUCAUAAAAGUCAGUGAUAUUUUGGUACGUUGAAAAUAGAAUCCAAUACCUUUAGACUACUCUAUAGAAUUAUAUUAGACAGUUUUUUUCUAAUGCUUGGAGAGCCUUCGAAAUAGAGUAAUAAGCCAUGUGAUAGAUUGAUAAACCGGUUGCCUAUGCUUUUUAAAAUUGACUAAUAACAAUUCAAGAUCACUGUUAGUAGAUGUAAUUGUAGAGCAAUUAAAAUUUGAUAAAAAUGUUAAUACUUUUAUAAAAUUAUACUGAUUGUGCUAUAUUUGUUUAUUAUUGGUCCAGUUGUUGGACCUACCAUUUAGUACUAUUAUAAGAAUAAUAACUAAUUAUAAAAAUUUCAAACUCUUACUGGGAUAACUUGUGAUCCAGAUGCCAUUUAAAUAACUUAAAACAUAUAAUUGCAACUCUUAAUAGGCUAAUCAUUACAAGGCCUUCUUUUUUGUUAUAUGAGCAUGUUUUUUGUAGACAGUACAAAUAAUAUAAUGUAAAUUAAGUGCUGAGGCUAUAUAAACAUUUUCUAGACUUCCAUCAGACAUUGAAAAUCUCUGCACUAAGCUCACUGUGGCCUCACCAAUGUAAAAAUCACCAUUUCACAUAUUUAAUGUACAAAUAAAGUGUAUUUUACGUAUCUCA